AUGCUGGACGGCUACUUUGAAUUCUUCAUGCCGCCCGCUGCCGCCCGCUCCGUGCUUGGUUUACGGUCUGAACUUGACGCGCUUAUUCUACGCAAGGGUGAGAUGAGGGGAGGUAAUGAAGGGCGGGUUUGGGCGGUAGUGGCCUUCAGCCAAAGCUCACUAGUGUGUAAUCUUUCUCCUCUCUUCUCCUUCCUUCGGAACAACCCAACGCAGCUGGAGAACCCUCGUCUUUCUUUGACACUAGAAGACCAGGCCAUUCUAGGAGCCGUGUCUGACCUGCUGCAGUGCGAGCAGUCACACGGCACCUUCACCAUCGGCCUCCAGCCAAAGCUCGCCCCUCCCAAGCCAGCCAAACCCGUGCGGACAAAAGCAGUGGAUAUGAAACUGGAGGUGGGAAAGGACUUCAAGUCCUACGUUCACAACAACUGCAAGGUUCAUUUUCUGGGCAAACCUCGGUAUUACACAGAGCAGAUCGGGACGAAAAAGGAGAAGGUGUAUCAGUGCACGUUGCGGCUUGGCGGGGCGGCAGCAGGGAUUGAUUUUGUAGGCGAGCCGGCUGCUACGAAGAAAGUUGCCGAGUGGAAUGCUGCUGUGGAGGCGUGGCAGUGGAUUUUGGAGUAUAAGAAGGUGGAGAGGAAGGAGGAGGAGAAGAAGGAGGAGGUGAAGAAGGCUGGGAGGAGGGAGAGGAAGGAGAGGAGGAAGGCGAAUCAUAAGAUGGAGGAGAGGUGGGAGUUUUGGAGGAAGAAGUAUGAAGAGGAGGAGGCAGCUGCUAGGGCUGCGAAACGAAAGGAAAAGGGAGGAGGGAGUGGGGGGAAUGUAGGGGUGGAGGAAGGAGAGGUGGUGGGUGAAAGGGCGGUGGUGGAAGGAGGGAGGGGGGUGGACGAGAAGGGAGGUGGGUCAAAGGGGCGUAGGAAGGGAGGAAGCAUGUCGAAAAGGGAGCAGAAGGAGGGGAGAGGUGAGGGGAAGGGGAAGCACGAGCUUCUUCCAUUGAGUCAAGCAACCAAGGGCGCGGCGAACGUGGCGUCGAAACGGAGAGGGAAGGAGAGAGCAGGAGGAGCAGAGGAGGAGAUUGAUGCAGCAGGGGUAGCAGGAGGGAGAGUUGUUGAUGGGGAUGGUGCAAAGGAGUGGGCUGAUAUGGCCAGUGGAGGGGAUGAGGAGGAGGUGCGAGGGAAAAGUAAGAGGAGGGGCAAAGGUAAGGGAAAGGGAACUUUAGAGGUGGUGCUUCCUAGUGAGGAUGAUGUUUCUGAGAAGUCUCGACCCACCAAGGGCAAGAGUAAGGGGAAGAGCACAGUAGAGGUGGUGCUUAGUGAAGACGAUGUGCUCGACAUUUCUCAGCAAAUGUGGAAGGGCAGCGGUAAAGGAAAGAGCAGAGUUGAGGUUGUGCUCUCUAGUGAUGCAGACGGGUCUGAGAAGCCGCAACAGAAGAGGAAGGGCCGGGGAAAGGGAAAGAGCACUGUUGAGGUGGUGCUUCCUAGUGAUGCAGAUAGAUGA